GGUGCUAUGGGCAACUUCAUAAUCGUUAAAAUAUUUUUUCGCCUCGGGAUCUCAGACGGAAUGAACCUGUCCCUGAUAUCAUUGGCGUUGUGCGAUCUUUUCUAUCUCGUCCCAGCGUUUGUCAUCUCCGUCAGCAUGGUGCUACACGGUGUAGAGGAGCUCUCCGAUUUUAAAGUUUGGUUCCCCGUUGAACCGGAAACCGUCUACAUGAUCUCUACCAACGUCGGAAGUGGCUUCUACGCCAUCUCAAUGCUGGUGACGACGUUCAUCACCGUGGUUCGAUGUCUGGCCGUGGUCGAUCCUUUAAAAUACAGAAAUUUGAUCUCACUAAAAUCUUCGGCAGUCGUAAUCGCAUCGUUUUCCAUCGUGUCCAUCUUGUUCGCCAUUUUGCUGUUGGUGUACAUGGGCGUCUCACCUCAGUUCGAUUCUAAUACCAACGCCACAAGACUGGUUCUAUGGAUCUCGCCGAAGCGAGCUUUAACCAAAGACGUCAUUUUUGGAAUCAGGGACAUGUUCUUGCCGCUUGCUUCUCAAACAAUAGUCGGCGCAUGCGUCGUGAUCAUGGCGAGCUGCCUUCAGAAGGCUGCUCAUUUUCGUCAACAUCUUUCCAGCGAUCCCAAAGGAAAAAUCAUAAAUAAAGAAUGUACCCCAGCCAAACUGGUUGGCAAAGAACUACAAGUUGCCCGACAAAUGCUGCUCAUAGCAACAGUUUACAGUUUGUGCAACAUGCCAAAAGUUGUCUUCAAUUUGACACAACUUAUUGUGCCUGACUUCUACAGAGGCGGACGCUACAGUGCUUUGUAUUUAACAUUCAAUAUUAUACGGGAACUAAUUCAGUCGGUGAAUGCCAGCGUGACAUUUUUCAUUUACUGGAAAUAUAAUUCAAAGUUUAGGAGUCACUUCGGUCUUCACCACUGA